AUGCCUGCGAUUCGCGUGCUGCAGCAGAAGGCUGGGGGCGCAGCCAGGGGGGAUGCAACAGAGGCAUCCCGUGCUGCGCUGCUGCUAGUUUCCGCUCACUUUCGCUGCAGCACAACAGCAAACUCUGCGGAGCUGUUAGUGCAGCGGCAGGCUCUGGGCUGCAUCGCUGCUGUAUUCCGUGCGGCUCCUCAGCUGGGGGCCCCAGGCUCUGCUGCACUGGGGGAAGCGCUUGCUGCUGCUGCAGCUGCUGCUGUCGCUCUACACCGGGUGCUGGGGUCAGAACCCCGCCCACGUACAGACCGAGGACUCCAGCGCUAUCUGAAGCAGCAGCACCAGCAGCAACAACAGCACUUCUUAGCUCUGGGCCUCGCUGCCGCACAGCCGAAGCACGUGGCUCUCAUUAGGGCUCUCCUCCUUUCUAUUCAUUCUCUCUUGGGUGAACUGGCUCGAGCAAGAAGUGCAGCUACUGCUGCUGCUGCUGCUGCUGCUGCUGGGAGAGGCAUUGGCACUGCUGCUGCAGACGCUGCAGCCCUCCCGGUCUCUGCAGCAGCUCCCCUCGGUGCAGAGGGGGAGGUAAGCGUUGAGCUGCUGCUGUUGCUGCUUCCCCUUGCGCUGGUGCAGCCUGUUACUGCUGCUGCGCUGCAGCAACCGCUGCAGCACCGGAGCGGUGCUGCUGCAGCAGGGUGGGGCCCCUCGUGCGGCCUGACGACAGAUUUUGCCUCGACACAAGAGAGCGAUAUAGACGGCAGCAGGCUGCGUGGCUCCCCUGAUGCUGCUGCUCUUCCUGCUGCUGCAGCAGCUGCUGCUGCUGCUGCUCGAGGGCCCCCAGCAGGUCUUAGCUGGAGAAGGGGCCCUGCCCCCCGGCUUGGGGGGAGCUGCCACCCCAUCAGGUGCAAGAGGCCCCCCCUGCUGCUGCCACCCACACCAGGCAGCAGCGCUGCAGGCCCCCGCCCCCUGCGCACCGCCAUCACCGCAGCAGCAGGAGGGGCCCCCAGGGAUUCCGGAACGGAGGGCCCCCCGUCCCUGUCCGUGCGUCGGCCAGCAGCAGCAGCAGCAGCAGCAGCGGCAGCAGCAGCCGCAGCAGCAGCAGCAGAAGAAACAGACGGUUGGCUCCGUCAGCUGCUCGGGCUGGAGCGAACGGAGCAGCUCGAGCUGCCGUGGAGCUCUCUUGUUAUUUCUAAUGAAGGCCCCAAGACAGCUGCAGCGGGGGCUGUCUCCGUGAAUCCUAUGGGGGCCAUAGAAGAAGAAGCUGCAGCAGCAGCAGCAGCAGCAAAGGCUGCAGCAGCUGCUGCACCUGCUGCAGCUCAUCCGCAGACGGCUGAGCCAACUGUUGCUGCUGCUGCACACGAGGCCCCCCAAGAUGCAGCCGCAGCAGGAGCAACAACAGCAACAAUCGUAGCAGCAACAGAAAACGACUCGCCGCCACAACAGAGCUCAAUUCGCCCACCCAGCAGCAGCAGCAGCAGCAGCAGCAGCAGCAGCACGUACACCCCACCGCCCCCUGAAAGAAGCAGCGCCCCCAGCCAGACCGUAGCAGCUUUAAGGGGCCUGGGCGAGGCCCUCCCAUCGCUGCCUGUGGGGCUGCUGGAGCCCGGGUUCUCUGCUGCUGCUCUUCGUCUCGUCCACCCCUUGGUGCUGCUGCUUGCGGAGACGCUUGAUGUGCAGCUGCAGCAGCAACAGCAGCUGCAGCAGCAGCAGCAGCAGCAGCAGGAAACACCGUGCUGCUUUUGCUUCAACAAGAAAGAAAACGAAGCAGCGGGCCAGGAAUGCACCGCCCUGGCUGCAUCUGCUGCCAUUGUUGCGAGACGCAGCCAAGAAGCAGCAUCAGCAGCAGCAGCUCCAGCAGCAGCAGCAGCAGGUGCUGCUGCUGGUGUUGCUGCUGCUGCUGCUGCGGCUGGUUGGCCUUCAUCGCUGCAGCCAGAUAGAGGGGUCUUCUGCAGCAUCACCGCAGCCCCAAAGCAGCCAUUCCAGUGUACAGAUACAGCUGAGCGAGGUGCAGAUACACCGCAGGAUGCAUGCGCUGCUGUUGAGGGUUUCGAGGGUUUCGCGGGCCAGGUGCUGAGGAGGGGCCCCCAGGCGUUGCUGCUGAUGGCCCCCGCGCUGUCUAUGCUUGCUGCAGUUGUGGGCAGCAGGGAGCGGCAGCCACAAAUUGCUGAGGCGCUGCUGGCCCCGGUGGAGAGACGAGCAGCAGCAGGGGGCCCCUCUUCUCUUGCUUGGCUUCUUUGUAGGGCCCUGCAUGCGCUGCUGUCUCUCCGCUCUGACCUUGCUGCCUCUCAAGCCUCCCAGGGGGGCCCCCUGCCCGUUGCGCGCUGCGGCUGCGGUGCAGCAGCAACAGCAACAGCAACAGCAGCAGCAACAGCUGCAGCAGUUGCAGCAGCAGCAGCAGCGCCAGCAGGAGCAUGCAGCGGCUGGACGGUAGCUGCUGCAGCGCGAGAGGGAGAGAAGGGGCCCUGCUGCAGCUGCGAGAGACAGAGCCAGGCGCUGCUUAGUGGGUUGUUUG